UUUUACAUCGAUUACGUACGGCGAUUUCGCCGUUUUCAGCAAUUUUUGCGCAAUUUAUUGCAAUAAGAAAAAUGGUGUGCUUGUACAUUUUAAUCAUAAGUGCUUUAGUGUAUAAUACUCAUCAAACGAGAGCUUCUUCAGGAAUGAAUUAUGGGAAAAACUUCAUUUAUGAUACGUACAAAUAUGACAAUAUGAUCACCGUGUUAGUCAAUUCAACUACAGAACAAAUUCUAGACUUUUAUGAGGAUUCCAACGCCACGCGAGGGUUCCCCACGAGGGUGCACGUGUCCAGCAAUGACACAAUCAAUGGAGACUACCCUCUCUUCAUCACCGCCACACAACAGAAAGGUGUGCUGUCCUGGGAGAUCCCGCUAGUGAUACAGACGAAACACUCUGUCAUGCAGUUCAAUAAUAUGGCGCGGACGCUAUGUCCACACGACGCUGGGCCAAAUAUAACGUCAGAAAAUCGACCGACGAUACAGUUGACGACGUCGAACCCGAAGAAUGUAUCUGUCGACAUUAAAUUAAGACGAGUGGAGGACUUUUAUGUUGAAGUUGAUAAGGAGGUGAACCUGACCGUGACACCGAGCACUCCGAAGUAUUACUACUUCUCCUUUGACCAUUACCCUUUGAACGUUACGACGGGGAAAGGGUUCCUACCUAGAUUUAACUAUACAAUACCAAAGAACGUUAUACUCAUUAUAGAGUCGGAUGAUGAUGUGUGCGCUGUUGUGUCCAUACAGAACAACUCGGUAAGUCGCCGAAAUUUUUAUUUAUUUAUUUAUUUGUACACAAUAAAACAGACACAAGGAACAUACGCAAAGCCCGCGACGGGGAGACAUCCUCGGGGCUGUGCCCCCUCGAUGUGGCCGCACUCGCCGCCCGCAGAAACGGGCGUGGCACGGGAGUGGGACGCGGCGGGCGGGAUCGCCCCUCCUGAUAUUUGUGACAUGUUUUGUGUCACGGGAUUCGUGGGGCUGGCGCUGAUGAUGGAGGGCAUCCUCUCAGCCUGCUACCACCUCUGCCCUAACAAGAUGAACUUCCAGUUUGACUCGUCGUUCAUGUACGUGAUAGCGGUGCUGUGUAUGGUGAAGAUAUACCAGAACCGACACCCCGACGUGAACGCGAGCGCACACUCCACGUUCAUGCUGCUCGCGUUCAUCAUGGCACUCGGUGUGUACGGUAUAAUGUACCCGAGCGUUUAUUUCUGGGUGUUCUUCACGAUCCUGCACCUGGCUACCUGUCUGAUACUCACCUUGAAGAUUUACUACGUCGGCCGGUUUAGACUGGAGCGUUCCAUUCCCGUUCGGGCGAUGUCGGCUCUACGUGUCCAUGGGCGGGGCGCGUUGAUACCCAAUUACAAAGCUCGUGCCGUGCUGCUGGCCAUCGCUAACCUCGCCAACUGGGCCCUCGCUGCAUACGGCCUCUACCACCACAAUAAGGACUUCGCGCGCCACCUCCUGGCGAUCCUGAUGGGCAACACGAUCCUGUACACGGCGUUCUACGUGUGCAUGAAGCUGGUGUACAGGGAGAGUCUGCGGGUGCAGGGCUGGUUGUACCUGGUGCUGGCCCACGCCGCUUGGUUCAUAGCGCUGAAGUUCUUCCUAGACUCCAACACCAAGUGGUCGGAAACCCCGGCAAUGUCACGCCGUCACAACCGCGAGUGCACAGUGCUCCAGUUAAUGGAUUCGCACGACCUGUGGCACAUCUGCUCUGCAGCCGCUCUGUUCCUGUCCUUCAACAUGCUGCUCGGCCUCGACAACGACAUAGCUUCGCAUCCAAGAGAGAAAAUACGCGUUUUUUAAUUACGUCACACAUACGACAACUGCUUAAGCACUUUAUCCCAAUCGGGGUAGUCAGAGGUACAUCCAUCGCAAGAUGAACUAAGUCACACCUCACCUGUUAAACCAACAUGGUCGUGGUUCAACAGGGUCCGCUUACCUAACCUGAAGAAUUGACAGGUCCGGUUUUUACAGAAGCGACUGCCUGUCUGACCUUCCAACCCGCGAAGGUAAACCAGCUCAAUUCAGAUUAGGUCACAUACCUCCGGAAAUGCAUUUCUGGGAAAUGUAUGUAUUUUCGUAUAACUUAAAUAAUCCCUUACAUAUCUUAUGAAAUAAUGGUGCUGACUCCAGUACACACCAUAUAAUUUAAGUUCUCUCUCUCUUUAUUUAAGAGCUGCGCUCUUGUCGGUGGAGUAAUCGCCUUCAUUACUCCAUAGAUAGGUCGUGUAGAACGGUGGUUGCCCCAAUCGCCAUCCGUUCCGCAGUACACCGACCAAUUUCUCAAUCGGUGAUGUUCUAGCUAGAGCCCUACCAGAAUCCAUUUCCUCAA